UUUGGUUUAUUUAUCGUUUGGUGUUUAAAAAAAAUCAUUGUUUUCAUUUAAACAGUGCGUAAACAAAUUCGAAUGAGUUCGUUAUUCUAUUUGUUUGAAAGAAAAAUUAUAGUUAUUGAAAUUUUGUGGUUACUACAAAAAUCUAAAAUGGAGAGUCAUUACUGGUCAAUAAUUAUCAGCAUUAUUUGCAUUCACAUCCUCAUCAACGUACAAGCUGACGUUUUAGCGAUACAAGAUUUAUCAACAAUGAAAAAAGCCACACAAUAUUUUCCACAAAGAAAACUUUGUGGGAAAAGUUUAGCCGACACUUUACAAUGGGCAUGCGAAGGUGCCUAUAAUGCAAUGUACAAAAAAUCAGAAAAUGAUCAAGAUUAUUUAUAUCAAUCAGAUCAAGAGGAUUUAUCGUCAGUUGAAUUUGUACCUAGCACGUUUCCAUUUCGUACACGAAAAGCUGCAGCCAGUAUGCAUCCUAGAAAGUUUCGACGAUUUACACGAGGUAUCAUUGCUGAAUGUUGUCAUAAACCGUGUAGUCUUGGUGAAUUAAAGACUUAUUGUGCCCCUCGAAAUUAAAAAAAAUACUUGAUAGUCUUUUUUGCUGACUGGAAUUACUUUGUAUCUUAAAAAACAAAUUUCAUGUAAAAGAAUUUGCUACUUUUUAAUAGAUUUUAAUUUUUGACCAUCCUGACUUGACUAUGUUUGAUUUUAGCACACUAGUGCGGAAAAUAGUACUUCUUUGAAAAAGAUAUACGCUAACAAGUGCAACAUGUGGCUCAGCGCGGUUGUCGCAAAUACAUCUUUCGGCGAAGAGCUAUAUUGCACAAAUCCAAAAUCUUAUAAACUAUAAUUAACAAAGAACAUUUUUUAAACUAUAGUACUUGAUAUAAAUAAAGCCUAUUGGAUACGUUUACAACGCCUUAGGACUUUCCGUCAUAGAAUUCCAUUCUCUUUUUUUUUUCUGCUCAAUACUUUUUGCACCCUGUUCCCUGUAUUGGGGUGUCCAGUUAAAAAAUACAGACUCUACCUAUUGUAUUUAAUAAUAACUCAUCUCAUCGAACAACAUGUUCCCAUCAACAUCAGUACGUAGGGCGCAUUAUAAUUCUAUUAAAAAUAUUUUUUUAUGUUAUUUUUUGUU